AUGAAGUCCUUGACCUCUGGUUGCAGUUCUGACAAGACAACCGGUCGAGGGAAAGCAUCUUUUACGGUAACUUCUGAAGAUAACCCUUACUAUAAAACCAAGAGGCUGAUGCGAGCUUCUUCAGUUUGGGUCACGAUGUUGUUGAAAUGUUUAUUGAUUUUCGGCUUAAUUUUUUCACUAGAAGCGGCAAGUAUACCUAAGGGUAUACCUGUCAACGUAGUCUACCUAGAAACAACAAAAAUUCCUGACAAUGCCGGUGAUAAAGCUCAAGUGAGGUACCUACAAAACAAGAACCUGGAUGAAAAAGUUCAGCUUUCAAGCAGAGAGCUGAAAGAGGCAAAUCAACACAUACCACUCCCAGAAGCAGGAGUUGACGAUGGAAAAAUCUUCCUGAAGGCCAAAAGUGUCUUUUUAGAAAGACUGACUAAUUUCAAACACCAAGUUGAUGGAUUUUCGCUGAAGACACCCCAGAAAAAACCAAAUGCUGAGGAUUGGUCCAAGUUGAACGAAAAACUGCAAGUUGUCUUCAAGAAGUAUGAAAAUACAGGUUUGCGACAAAACCAAGGAAGCUUUAUAUCUGAGAUGACUCAAGCUACAGGAGAAUGGUUCCAAUCUGUCAUAGGGAAUAACAAUAACAAACCAAGUGGCGGAGAAGACGAGAAGCCUGAGGAGAAACCUGAGGAGAACCAAGGUGGACUACAACAAAUUUGGAACAAUUUUCAAAACGGUAUUGCACAAACAUUCGGUAACAUAAUAAACCAGAGCAACAACAAUGACUCCAAGCCUCAGGAGGGCACAACUUCCAACACCGUCCUAGGGGAUACUGGUGUACAAACUACCACAAAAGCUCCUGGAUUCUUUGAGGGUUUAUUCACAAACCUCAACAUUAACAACAACCAAGGUAACAAACCAGGUCAAGAAAGUGACACUGGCGUAACGCCUCCCCAAAAUAUCUUCCAAGGUGCCAUCAACAAUAUCAUCAAUACCUUCAGUUCUUCUUCAGAGAAACCACCAAACUCUCAAGGCGAUACUGGCGAAACAUCAACAUCCAGACCUGGCAACCAAUUCAUUCAAAACAUCCAAAACAUAGGAAACAAUUUUGGUCAAUUGUUCGGACAGACCACUAAACCUCCUGGUGUUUCUGGUGACAAUGAGGCUACAAAUGGUCCUACAAACUUCUUCCAGAACAUUGGCACAGCUAUUCAAGGUGUCUUCAAUCAAAACCAAGCAUCAGGAAGUCAGUCAGAAGGUACCACAUCUGCACCAAAUAUAAUCAACCAAGGUUUGCAACAGAUCCAAAUCCCUGGCCAAAAUGGUGGCAUCGAGCAAUUCCAAAACACUGGACAACAGAUCGUCCAAAACUUCCAAAACCCCCAAAACAUUGGACAGCAGAUAAGUUCGAAUAUACCUGCAGGUUCUCAAAACAACACCUUCCAAAGUAUUGGACAACAAAUUACUCAAGGAUUCCAAAAUCCAGAUCAAUCACAAAAUAUCGGUCAACAAAUAACUUCUGGUUCUCUUGGUCAGCAGAUAAGUGAGGUGUUUCAAAAUCAAAACUUUGCCAGCCAGGCGCAAAAUAUAGGACAACAAAUAACUGGAAACGCACCUUCUGACUCUCAAGGUGGUACUGGACAAGCAGUUGGACAACAAAUCAGCCAAGCUUUCCAAAACCCCCAAAACUUUGCCAGCCAAGCACAAAAUAUAGGACAACAAAUAACUGGAAACGCACCUUCUGACUCUCAAGGCAGUACUGGACAAGCAGUUGGACAACAAAUUAGCCAAGCUUUCCAAAACCCCCAAAACUUUGCCAGUCAAGCACAAAACAUUGGACAGCAACUCAGUGAGAAUCUGCCAUCCGUUCCACAGAACAAUGCUGGACAAGGUUCCCAGAGCAGUGUGUCCAAUCUGAAUGUCAACCAAAUACCAGUUGUAGGACAACAGUUUGGUCAAAACUCCCAAAACCCUAUCCAGGCGAUCGGCGAGCAAUUUCAGGCAGGCAACCCAACAAAUAUCAUCAACCAGAUACAAAGUUCAACCAACCAGAUUCAAAACCCAAGUAUCAAUCCCGUUAACUUGAUUGAUAAUCAAAAUCAACAAGUGAAUGUCAACCAAUUGACUCAAAUCAUUCCAUCCAGCUCUGAGAACAACUCGAAUGGAAUACAAUCAGCCAUUACAAACCAGUUCAAUAACGGAUUAGCACAACUGAAUGGAUCAAAUAAUAAUGCACAGCAGGCAAAUGCUGAUAAACCAGUAAAAGAAGAACAAGUUGAAAAGAAAGCAUUAGUUGAUGAGAACAAAAACAAAGGAGAAGGAGAGAUAAUGGAAGCUUUUGAGAGAUAAGCAGAACGUUAUUUUAUUUAUUUAUUUAUUUAUUUUUCAUGGAAUUCGGUGUUUAAAUUCUCAUAGAAAGAUUUGCUCUGCUUCAACUUUGAUAAAGUUGAAGGCAAUACUGCCAGAAAUUUAAGCAGCGAGAAAAGUAUUGAUAGGUUAGGUAAAUGUUUUAGGUAAUUUCAUUAUGACACCAGGAUUUGCUGGAUGUGUGUAUUUAAUAAAGAUGAAUUUCCGAAAA